UCCUUUUAUUCCCGAUAAAUCCACCCCAAGCCCAUCCCUUUUUCAUAACCCUCUCCAAGUCCACGACGAGUUCGUUCGCAUUCCCUAGCAAGAAAACUUGACCCUGUCUCCGUUCCGUCUGGUUCGACUGUAGAUCACUCUCUCUCGCUGGAUCGUUGCUCGGUUGGAGAAAAGGAUAGCAUAUCAAAAUUUCCGCAUCUCUCACGCUCUCCCUGAAACGACAUUGCUGUUGGUGGUUUUUUGAAUCUCGAUUGGAGAGUUAUUCUUUUCUGUUGAUUCAUAGACAAAUCUGCUGGUCUCUUCAAGUUGCCCAUCUUCAUGGAUCAAGCAGGGUUAACGACGGAAGAGGUUCUCAAGAGGGACAUUCCAUGGGAGACUUAUAUGACGACUAAGCUGAUCACAGGAACAUGCCUUCAGCUUUUGAGGCGUUAUGAUAAAAGAUCUGAGAGCUACCGAGCAACACUACUUGAUGAUGAUGGUCCAGCUUACGUUCGGGUGUUUGUCAACAUUUUGCGUGCCAUAAACAAGCAAGAAACAGUGGAAUAUAUUGUAGCUCUUGUUGAUGAAAUGCUCACAGCAAAUCCAAAGCGGGCCAGACUAUUCCAUGACAAAUCCCUCGCAGAUGAAGAUACUUAUGAACCUUUCUUAAGAUUGCUCUGGAGGGAUAACUGGUUUAUGCAAGAGAAGAGCUGUAAGAUAUUAUCUCUGAUUGUAAGUGCUAGACCAAAAACUCAAAAUGUUCUUUAUGAAAAUGGAGGAGCCUCAAAUUCAAAGAGCAAGCUUAAUUCUAUUGAUGAUGUUUUGAAAGGAUUGGUGGAAUGGCUAUGUGCACAGCUGAAGAAGCCUUCCCAUCCUACUCGUGGCGUCCAAACUGCUCUCAGUUGCCUAGCAACAUUGCUGAAGGAACCAUUGGUCAGAUCUUAUUUUGUUCAAGCAGAUGGGGUUAAGCUCCUUGUUCCGUUGAUUUCUCCAGCAUCAACUCAGCAAUCUAUCCAGCUCCUUUAUGAAACAUGCCUUUGUGUAUGGCUCUUGUCCUACUAUGAACCUGCAGUGGAAUACUUGGCAACUUCUAGGGCCCUGCCACGUCUAUUAGAGGUCGUUAAAGGUUCCACUAAGGAGAAGGUUGUGAGGGUUGUUGUCUUAACCCUUAAAAACUUGCAUUCAAAAGGAACGUUUGGGGCUCAAAUGGUUGACGUAGGUUUACCACAAAUUGUACAAAAUCUGAAAGCGCAAGCAUGGAGUGAUGAGGACCUGUUGGAGGCUCUGAAUCAAUUGGAAGAGGGGCUUAAAGAUAACAUUAAGAAACUAAGUUCUUUUGACAAGUACAAGCAAGAAGUUCUUCUUGGGCAUCUAGACUGGUCACCCAUGCACAAAGAUCAAAUUUUUUGGCGUGAAAACAUAACAAAGUUUGAAGAGAAUGAUUUCCAGAUUUUACGGGUCCUCGUCACAAUCUUGGAUAAUUCUAGUGAUCCCAGGGCACUAGCAGUUGCUUGUUAUGAUCUCGCACAGUUUAUUCAGUAUCAUCCAGCUGGACGGAUCAUAGUUACUGAUCUCAAGGCUAAGGAGCGUGUUAUGAAGCUAAUGAAUCAUGAGAAUGCUGAGGUAACAAAGAAUGCCCUUUUCUGUAUUCAGAGGCUUUUCCUUGGGGCAAAGUAUGCUAGCUUUUUGCAAGGUUAAAGUCCGGUGAUACAUGGUUUUCAAGUUGACGUCUCAGAUGUCUGUGGACACCCAAGGUUAUAUGGAAAACUGGAUGCUUGUGGUUGGUGAUGCUAGUAGUUAUGCUGUGGAAGAAAACUUAAGAUUAUUGGAGACCAAAAUUGCUUGCGACUUUAUUUUUAAAUUGUUCCUUUUGAUCUAUUUAUUUUUGAAUUGUUUCUUGACUAUCAAUAAAGUUCCAACAAUUCUGUUA